UCAUUUGUCGUCUUUUAAAUUUAUGUCAGAAAACAAGUUGAUUACAAAAGGAAGACUUUCCUAUUUUGAAUUGUUUGACUACAAUAAGUGGUCUUUAGAUCAUUUUGAUUCCUGCGUGCGUAACAACUUUGGUCAUAUGAAAGACAACGCAAAUAUAUUUUAUAAAAUCCUUCAUAUUGUUAAAAAUGAUGCAAGCACUUCACAAAAAGUAAGAAAAACCGUUAAUGCUUUGAUGAUAAUGAAACAUAAAACAAA